AUGGAGGAUGAACGGAGGAGCCUGUCGGGGGGCCCCUGCUUGCCGGUCCCGAUGGAGAGCCCGGCUGGACAGGGUGUGCCAACCCCCAGCAAGUCCUUCUCCUCUGCCCCUCGCCACCUGAGUCGGAAACGUGGGCUCUCCAAGCUCUGCCACAGCAGGGUGGUGCUCUCUGAGGACCGGUGGAGCUCCUACUGCCUGUCGUCACUGGCUGCCCAGAACAUCUGUGCCAGCCCGCUGCCAGGCGUGGGGCUUCCAGAGCUCGCUGAUGCCACUGGCUCACUGGGGAGCACAUCCUGCUGCUCGCUGCUGCGGGGCCUGCCCUCAGGCCUGUCUGCACCCCUGCUCCCGGCCCCCAUGGGCAACCCCAACAAGGCCAUUUUCACAGUGGAUGCCAAGACCACUGAGGUCCUGGUUGCUAAUGACAAGGCCUGUGAGCUCCUGGGGUACAGCAGCCAUGACCUGAUUGGCCAGGAACUUAAACAUCUCUUCCUGAAGUCGGACUCAGACGUGCUGGGAGCCCUCAGCGAGGAGCAAGUGGAAGCUGAUGGCUGCGCAGCUGUGGUGUUUGGGACAGUGGUGGAAAUCAUUAGCCGCAGUGGAGAGAAGAUCCCAGUCUCCGUGUGGAUGAAGCGAAUCCGGCAGGGGUCCCGCCACUGUUGUGUGGUGGUGCUGGAGCCUGUAGAGAGGGUCUCAGCCUGUGUCUCCUUCCUGCGUGAUGGAACCAUCACAUCAUGCGACAGUCUCUUUGCACAUCUCUACGGCUACACGUCUGGAGAGGAGGUUAUUGGGCAGUGCAUCACAGAGCUGAUUCCGUCUGUGCAGAUCCCUUCCCAUGGUGAGACCAUUCCAAAGAAUCUGAGGAUCCAGAGGUCUGUGGGGAGAGCAAGGGAUGGCACCACCUUCCCUCUGAGCCUCAAGCUCAAGUCCAAACCUGGCCCUGAUGAGGGCGAGGGUGGGCCGCCCGUGCCCGUGCUUGGCUACACGGCCUCCAUCUGGGUGUUCUGUACCAUCAGUGGCCUCGUCACCCUGCUGCCAGAUGGCACCAUCUACGGCAUCAACCAGAACUUCGCACUCAUGCUCUUCGGCUAUGGGAAGGCUGAGCUCCUGGGCAAGAACAUCACGUUCCUGAUCCCCGGCUUCUACAGCUACAUGAACCUCACCCACAACAGCUCCUUGCCUCUGCCUGACCUGACCCCGGGCCUUGGUGUCAGCUACAGAAACAGCCCCAGGGGGGCAUCAGUGGACCCCUGGCAGGGCUGGGAACUGUCUGGUGGGGCUGCGGGUGGUGGUGUGAACAUUAUGCUCACGGCCACUGACGCCCAGCUGCAAAAUGAGACCCUGUCUCCUGGCCAUAGCCCAAGCAGUGUGUUCCUGAGGACCCAGACCCCUUGGGAACCUGGAGCCCCCUUGCCCGCCCCACGCUCCUCCCAGCUGUCCUCUGGGGCCGACACUGUAGGAGGAUACUCGCUGGCCCAGGACCAGAAGAGCAGGCAGGGCCCUGGGGACGGCAGCCAGCGUGAGCCUCGGGAGGAGAGUCUGCGGGCUGUGCAGGAGCACUCCCGUACUCCAGCUCCAGUGGACAGCAGAACGCAGAACAUUCUGGAGGGAGACCUGGCUCCAGCGGGGACCCUGGGCUUUAGCACUCAGGCUGCGGCUGCUAUGCCGCAGCCCCACGCUGUGAGCCAGCUCGCUGAAACCAGCAUCCUGAUGCACUGUCCCCGGUGUGGGACUGAGCUGCUUGCCCCGCAGAGGGACCUGAGGCCCCUCGGCUCAGCACUCGUCUUCCUGGACAAACUGUGGCUGGCAGGGGCCAGUGACAGGGAGGAGCUGCGGACCUGUCUCAUCAAGGAGCAGCUGUCUGCGCAGAGCCUACCUGGGGCCACCAGCCUCCCCCUCGUCAGACCUCGGCCCCCAGGAUGCCCCCCCUUGCCUGAGCCAUUAUCAGUCUGCAGCCUUGGCUGCAGAGCCUUGCAGGGUGGCCGCUCGGGCAGCUCCUCUGCCUGUUACGCGCUGGCCACAGACCUCCCUGGUGCCCUGGGCCCCACCGAUGGACACGGUGCUGAUGUGGCUGCCUUCUCCUGGGACUUCAAGGAGCUCUUCCUGAGUGAGCAAAUGGCCCACACGGCCUCUAGCUGCUCCUGCUCCACUUCGGACCUCACUCGGACGCCGUCUGACGUGGAUGAGGACGACCUUCCGGGACGGCAGGCGGACUCCCCAGGGCUGGGCCGGGAGGGCCUACUGCUGCUCACUGGUACCUCCUCUGACCCUAGCACUUCUCACAUGGGCUGCCUGACCCACAGCCACCCGGCCCUGCCUGGAACCCAUCUGCUAUCCUCUCUGCCUCCUGAAGCCGGUCCUGGGGACAUGCUCCGUCACAGCAAGCCCCAGGAGCUGGGCCUUCAAGGGACUUCCACGCCCACAAAAGGGGAGAGCAUCCCACUGGGGGCCCUGACUCCACCUCGUGUGAUCCAGGAGGGCACCUACUUGAGCAGCUGCUACCACCGAGAUGGCUCUCGACUGAGUGUGCAGUUUGAGGUACGGCGUGUGGAGCUCAGUGGUGCAGCCACACUGUUCUGCUGUUGGCUGGUCAAAGACCUGCUGCACAGCCACCGGGACGCAGCUGCCCGCACCCGCCUGCUGCUGGCCAGUGUGCCCAGCUCCACACACUCUGUGGCUGAGCUGUCAGGCUCCAGCCUUGGUGAGAUGCUCAGAGCUAAGCCUUGGUUUGAGGAGUGCCCAAAACCCACUGAGCUGGAGGGGCUGGCAGCCUGCGAGGGUGCGUACUCCCACAAAUACAGCACCCUGAGCCCGCUGGGCAGCGGGGCUUUUGGCUUCGUGUGGACCGCCAUGGACAAGGAGGAGAACAAGGAGGUUGUGGUGAAGUUUAUCAAGAAGGAGAAGGUUCUGGAGGACGGCUGGGUCGAGGACCCCAAGCUCGGGAAGGUCACUCUGGAGAUAGCAAUCCUUUCCACGGUUGAGCAUGCCAACAUUAUCAAGGUGCUGGACGUGUUCGAGAACCAAGGAUUCUUCCAGCUGGUGAUGGAGAAGCACGGGUCCGGGCUGGACCUCUUUGCCUUCAUCGACCACCACCCCAACCUGGACGAGCCGCUGGCCAGCUACAUUUUCCGGCAGCUGGUGUCAGCGGUGGGAUAUUUGCAUGCACGGGGCAUCAUUCACCGGGACAUCAAGGACGAGAACAUUGUGAUUGCGGAGGACUUCACAAUCAAGCUGAUUGACUUUGGCUCUGCGGCCUACUUGGAAAGGGGGAAAUUAUUUUAUACCUUUUGUGGAACAAUUGAGUACUGUGCACCAGAAGUUCUCAUGGGAAACCCGUACCAGGGCCCAGAGCUGGAGAUGUGGUCGCUGGGCGUCACCCUGUACACCCUGAUAUUUGAGGAGAACCCCUUCUGUGAGCUGGAGGAGACUAUGGAGGCGGUGCUGAACCCUCCGUAUGUGGUGUCAGAAGAGCUUAUGAGCCUUGUGUCCGGCCUGCUGCAGCCAGCUCCUGACCAGCGCACCACCCUGGAGAAGCUGGUAGAGGACCCAUGGCUGACACAGCCGGUGAACCUGGCUGACUACACCUGGGAAGAGGUGUGCCGGGUGAGCAGGCCAGACUCUGGGGUCCUGACUGCUGGUUCUUCGGCAGCGGAACGCACGUGCUGUGCCCUCGUGCUUGUCCGGACGCUGUGA